AUGUACAACCGGCAGCAGAAGUUACUGUCUCAGCGCCAGAACCAGGAGCAGUACAGGCAGGAGGAGGCCCGGCGUGUGGACCGAGAGAGGCAGCUGCAGGCCGGUCUGAGAGACCAGGAGAGCUUCGAGACCAGGAGACACCUGCGACAGGUGCAGCAGGAGCUCAAGGAGAAGCAAAUGGAGAGCGCUCUGCUACAGGCAGAGGAGGAGAGAAUUAACAGGGAAAGGCAACUUGAACAAGAGGAGAGAAUGGCCAAAGAGCUGGCCCGCAUCAACUACGAGAAGCAAAAAGAUGAGAAAAUGAGGCAGCAUAUCCGAGAGAACAGCACUGAGCUUCGGGAAUUGGAGUUAAAGCUGAAGUAUGCGUAUUUGAACAAGGAGCGAGCUGCACAGAUUGCUGAGAAAGAAGCUAUGAGGUUUGAGACGAUGCGGGAGGAGGCAGACUAUGCUCGCAAGAUGACGAGCGAACGUGAGCGAGUCGCCGUUGAGCAGCAGAAGCUGGAGGAGAAGCGCCACGAGGAAGUGGUGCAGUAUCAGAGACAGCUGGAGCAGCAGCUCAUGGACAGAGAGCGCCAGAGACAAGAGGCAUACGAGGAGUUCCUCAAAGAGAAGCUCAUGGUGGAUGAGAUUGUCAGGAAGAUUUAUGAGGAGGAUCAGAUGGAGAGACAGUUGAAACUGGAGAAGGUCAGAGCCACUCAGCAGCACAUUGAAGAGUUCAAGAGGCAGCAGGCCGAGUGGAGACGCUUGGAGAAAGAAAAGAUGGAGGCCGAGAACAGGCGCAUCAUGGAGUUCGCGGAGCAGCGGCAGCACAUGGAAGAGACCAGAAUGGCUAAGAUCCGAGAGAGAGAAGAAGCAAAGGAGCAUCUGCAUAAAAUGCUGUGUGACAAGAUGGAAGCGGAGAGGCAGCAGCGUGAAGAGAUGGAGCAGGUCCGCGAGGAACUCUAUUUAGAAGAGCAAGAAGAGGCCAACAGGCAGAGAGAAAUCGAAGAGAUGGAGAAGAAAAUCAGACAGAGGCUGAUGAUGCAGCGGACCUGCCAGGAGCAGAUGGCUUUCAGAGAGAUGCAGAGGCAGGCGGAGAAAGAAGAAGAGGAGGCCUUCAGGAAAACCAUGAUGGCUAAGUUUGCCGAGGACGAUCGCAUUGAGCAGAUGAACGCCCAGAAACGACGCAUGAAGCGGCUCGAACACCAGCGCGAGGUGGAGAAAAUGAUAGAGGACAGAAGGCGGCAGCGCGAGGCCGACAUGGAACUGGAGGCUAAAGAAAGAGCGCUUGAGCAGGAGAGGGAGGCGCUGCGCAGAAAGAUCAUUGAAGAAGAGCGGCAGGGACUCCUGAAACGUCACGCAACAAAACUCCUCGGAUACUUCCCUAAGGGCCUGCUCCAUCAAGACGACCUGCAGCACUUUGAUGAAGACUUCAGAAAACACUUUGAGUCACGUCAGGCGGACAUCUUCUCUGAAGACGGCUGGGAUGGUGACAGUUAAACUUUUUCUUCCAGUGUGCCACUAGAGGGCAGAUUAAGGUUACAGUGAAUGUAUUAUAAGUUUUAAUGAUCAAUAAGUUCUACAUUUUUCAUUAACAGAAGUAGUUUUACAUUCAGUGACAAUAAAACAAUUUUAGAUAUCUCUUUAUUAGAACGGUGCUGACAGGAUCUUAAUUAAAACAACUCCAAAAAGUCCAGCUGAAAGAAUCCGAUCGUGUUUAUUAGACAAACAUCUUCAUCUAAAUUUUAUGUGAAUUCAAACUGUAGGCUUUUGAAAUGUCAACUUACAUUCGUAGGGACUGCAAACUAAAGUUCUUUACUUCACACACAUAGAGAUCUU